GAGAAAUUACUAGCAAAUGCAUUUGUAAGAACAUAUGCUAACUUGAAAUCUUCUGAUUAUAAUCUUAGAUUAGAUAAAAAUGCAUUUGCAGAGGCAUAUUGUAAGAACACUUCACUAACUUCUUGA